AUGAAAUUCGAUGAUAAUUAUUAUGGUUGUUGGGAAACUCAUUCGGAAUGUAAAUGUACAUCGGAUAAAAAGAUAGCCGUUCAUAUCCGCUGGAUCGAAGUACCUAUGAUUGAUAGUACUACUGAAGGUUGGCUUAAUUUUGGUCGAACAGUUAUUAAUUUAGCUACAGCAGGUAUAUCCGAAUUAGCGACCGGUUCGAAUGGUAAUCUAACACAUGAAGCCGUUGAAUGUCAAUACCAUUGUUCGGAAUGUGGUAGCAUCGGUUAUUAUACAUUCGAUUAUUCCAAUACAGGUAGAUCCUAA